AUGGUUUCGCGCUACUCUUGGUCCAUCAUCAACACGACGGUGUCCAUCUUCAGCGCCGUCAUGAUCUUCAACGGUGUUGACGAGGUCGGCCUCUUUCUCUUCGUGAACCCCCUGCUGGGAGAGUUUCCUCAAGGGUGGCGGCAAGUGGCCCGCGUCAUCGUCGGCUACCUUGUCUUCCUCGCUUGGUUCACGGUUGCCCACAUCAUGAUCGCCUACGUCUCCAAUGCCUUGAAGAGGCAAGGAUUCGAGGGCGAGCUGGAAGAAGGAGAGACGCAGGGGCGUUCCUGGGUCGUCAAUGAUACGGUCCGAGGCGACAACGGCCAGCCAGUAGAGCCCACCCUCGUCCGGCCGGGCGGCCGCGAGAAGAGCGUGGCCAUUGUCGGCAAUGUGGAGGUCUUUGUCAUGACCAAGGAUUUGGCCAAGCAAGGCUUCGAGCAGCGGACCAAGUGCUGGUCCAUGCUGUACGCGCACAUGGCAGGAUUCGCCAUGAUCAGCGCAGGCGGUGACCUGCAACACGCGGAGCCCUUCAGGGGCUCUUCCGUCAUGAGCUUCGUGUCCGUCGCCGUCAAUGUCCUCUUCCUGCUUAGUCUGUUCCGCCUGUCCCGCGCCAUGCGCCCAACUGUGGAGGACUCGGACGACGAAGAAGAAGCUGAAGCGGUGAGGCUAUGUGAGGAGCACGCGAUCGAAGCAGAGGAUGAACUCUUCUGCCUCUCGAUCUCGUUCCUCUUCGUGCAGGCCGUCCGCUACAGCGUGACGGGCGUCCUCUCCACCAAGAAUGGGUCCGAGCCAGGGGAGGAAUUCGGCCUUCGAGAGAUCGCCACAGUUUACGGCGUCGGCGUGCUGGCGGUGGCAGGGGCCUUCCUCAUGGCUCUGUCCGGCUACUCGCGGCGCCUGGCGGAUCUGGCGAGAGGUACCUUCUGCAUGGCCUUCGCCUGGUGCCUCCUCUUCGCCUCCAGGUGGAUGUUUGAGUCCUGGAGGCUGCUCGUCACCCUAGACGUAUCGCCGCGGACGAUUGAAGGACGCGUGGUGCUCGCGCUGUUCCUGUCGACCUUCACAGCCUUCGCCAUCAUUGUCCUGGACAAGUUCGAGGACACAUCCAGGAACCCCAGACUGGCACAUAACGUUGUCAAGAACUUGGUGACCGGUCUGUCAAUCCUCGUUGGCUUCACCUGGGAGCACGUCGUGGACGGAUGCACGGAAGCCAUUGCGUCGAUCUACCAUGGGCAUGAACUCAAGAAACUGGUCUCCAAAGUAGUUGGUGCCACGAUCAUUCCGCUGGUGGUGCUGCCAGCAUGGCGGAGGCAUGUGCUGCAGAAGGUCUUGAUGCUGAUGAAGCACAAGAAGGACAAGCGUGUCGCAGAGCGACUUGCGCAGAUGGUGUCCGGCGGGAAGAUUGAGCUGUCCUCCUCGGAAGACGAGCCUGACGCAGACCUGGCUUGGUAG